UUUGAUUUAUCGAAACUAUGGGUCAUCGAUCUUGAGGCUGAGAAUGUGAAGCUAAAACAGAUUAUUGAAGAAAAUGCUAAACGCAAAGCCGAGAACGUUAACCUUAAGGUGGAGCUAGAAAAAAAUAAAAAAGAUAUCACCUAUCUUUCAGCUGAAAAUUCUGAGCUUAAAAUCAAAGUAGCAAAAUUAAGCUGUGAUUUCGAGGAAAUAAAAUCAAAGGGAAUAAUCACUAAUUCUCCGAAGCAAUUGUCAAUUUCUGAGAAAAAGAAAAUAAAACCAUCCUACAAAAAUCAAAAUCUGGAAUCAUCUAUAAUAUCGCAAUCUAUCUCUAAUAGUUCUGAGUUAUCUUUGGAUAAUAAUUUAUCAGAUCAAUCUAAUUCAUCAUGUGGUUCUGAGUUCAAAUCGCUUACUAAUCUAUCACCUAAUCAGAGGCACGAAGUGCUUUGCUCCGCAAAAAUUCCUUAUAAUCAAAAAGUAGAACGAGGUUUAAGACUUGAGCUAUCUAUUUGCACCAAAGAUAAUAACAACAAGAUUAGUAAAGUAUUUGAUAUUCAGAUUCCUGAAUUCUCUUUAGAAGCGAUUUUAUCAGGAUCUAGCAGCAUUACGUCACAAAAUAUAGUUGAUCUAUUUAGGAUAGCAAUGAAGAUUCGACAAAAGGAAA